UGGCGCGAGCAGUGCUCGCUUGGGUUCUCGAGCGUAAGGUGGUUGUGCAUCAUUGUAUACGGUGCUGCUCAAUAGAUACAGGGAAAGAUAGAGAGAAAGAAAAAAAAAAGAAAGAAGUAAAGAAAAAUAGAGAGAGAGAGAGAGAGAGAACAUCAAAAUAAGAAGCAUAAUCGAUUCCACACAAGUAUCAUCAUCCUCCUCAAAGUUUAACGUUAUUUUCUUCAAGAAGAACCCACUAUAGGAACCCAUAGGAUAUUCCUUUGACCUUCGUUCUUUUUCUUUCUUUUUUUCUUUGUUUUCCCUCCCUCUUCUCUUCAGCAAUUCUUUUUGAUAUACACCUGAAAGGAGACGAAUAAUAAAAAAAAAAGAGAAAAGAAAAAUAAUCGCUGCAAAUGCAAAAAGAAGAAGACAAAUAAAUAUAAUAAUAGUUAAUAGUGAAUGUGGUAUGGGAUAAUAUACUGUUGGACAAACAAGUUGUAUCAAACAAAGAACGUUUUCUUUAAUGUGAAAAGAUAAAGUUAAAAGAUAGAUAUACUUGGAAGGGUUUGUAAAAAGAAAGAAAGGAAGUGCUAAGGCGACUUUCCAGAGAGUUGUUGGGUAGCAGUUCUUCUAGUUAGCUUAGCUUACUAGCUAGCUGUUUGCCACUCGCGGAAUUCUUGUGUCGGGAGUAGUAUCGCGCUCCGACAGGAUUGUAUGCAAAUUCCUGGGGAAAUAUCCUCUCGGGAGGCUGCACCGACUCCGCCCAUAAAAUCGUUUCGCUUGUGCUCCCGCUACGCGAUAAAACAGCUAACCCACAACUUUACUCUCUUUACCUUAUAUAUUCGUGUGUGUAUCUUUAUAUUUUAUAUAUAUAAUUAUAUAUGAUUAUAUAUUAUAUACAUUUAUAUAUAUAUAUCUUUUUUGUAAUCUAUAUAAAACCGUGUAUGUGUGUAUUCGUGUUUGCUGCGACCACCAUUCAAGAGGAGAUUCGCUUGACGUGUUCUUCUUCCCUCCUACCUGGAAACGCGAGUGAUCGUCCAACGAAGUUUUGCAGAAGUAUGAAAAGAAAACUUCGAAGUCAACGAUGCGCGUAAACGGGCAUCAGACACACGGAGCGAAGCAAGAAAUGGACGAAAUGUUGGAAUGCGAGACUGGAUCCUUGUUGGGUCGAGUCGCAGACCUCGAAAGGCAAUCCUUGGCGCAAAGAGACGAGAUAGUUUGUCUUCGUGCUACUUUGGCGGACGCGUUAAGGCGAAUUUCUCAGCUCGAAGGACGAGAUAAGAGAGAGGAUGAAAGAAAUGAGAGGAGAAACGAGAGAAUGGUAUCCUCGCCAUUAAGAAACGGCCAUGUUUCUCUUAGAAAUAAUCAAAAUUCGGUACCUCAAAAAGAUUUGCGUUUACGUCAAAGUGGUGGUACCAAUGUUAGAAACUCAUCGUCAUCUGGAUCGUCUCAGGAUGUUCAGGAUGCGAACUCAAGUCCUAGGAGACCUGUCAGUUAUUCGCAUUCUUCGCAACUACCACAGAGAAGAUCGGUCCAUUAUCAAUCAACGGGUUCUUUACAUUCGGAUAGCCCUAGCAGUAGUAGCGUUUCACCGGUGCCAUCACCAAGUCCACGAGCCACGCCAUUACCAAUAGCCAGGUCACCCACGACAAGGUCAAAUGGUCCACCACAGAGUAGCUUGCGAAGAGCAAAAAGGUGGUCAUCAACUGGAGACUUUACGCAUUCUCCCCAAAAUCAAGGAAGCAAUUCUCAACUCGUUGGUGCAAGAUUAUCGGCAUCAACCAAGUCCCUGUUCAACCUCUUCAAGCCCGCGGUGCUGAACAACGUCAAACACGGUACCAGAGAUAUGCAAUACAACGAGGAGGAAGGUACCGUUCGUAUGUACCUAAGAGGACGACCAGUCGUUCUAUACGUUCCAACACCUAUGAUAGAUCAUUACGAUCUUCACAAAGUAACAACACCACCCCAAAGUAAACUGAAAUUAGAUUGGGUCUAUGGAUAUCGAGGGAGAGACUGUCGUAGUAAUUUACAUCUUUUACCAACUGGCGAGAUCGUUUAUUUCGUUGCUGCGGUGGUGGUCCUUUAUAAUAUGGAAGAACACAGUCAAAGACAUUAUUUGGGCCACACGGAUGAUGUUAAAUGUAUUGCGAUACACCCAAAUAAAAUGGUAGUUGCAACUGGGCAAACCUGUGGCUUAGAUCGACGUGAUGCACUGCAACGCAUAAGAAUAUGGAAUUCGGUCAGUUUAGCCACACUGAGCGUUAUUGGUAACGGCGAGUUCGACGGAUCGAUUUGUUGUUUGUCAUUUUCGAAAGCGGACGGUGGUAAUUAUUUAUGUGCUAUCGACGAAACGUCCGAUCAUAAUAUAUCAAUUUGGGAUUGGCAAAAAAGUGACAAAGGUUCUAAAUUGACCGAAACGAAGUGUUCCGUCGACACGGUUGUCUGUGCCGAAUGGCAUCCCCUCGAACGAAAUCAAAUUGUUUCAUGCGGUAAAGGGCACGUAUCCUUCUGGUCCUUGGAUAGUGGCGGUAUGUUGUAUAAAAGAAUGGGUAUAUUUGAAAGUAGAGAGAAACCAAAAUACGUAACGUGUGUCGCUUUCAAUCAAAAUGGAGACGUUCUUACCGGCGACAGUAAUGGCAACAUUAUUGUUUGGGCAAGAGGCACCAACACAAUCUCCAGAUUGGUUAGAAAUCUACACGAAGGAUCGAUAUUUUCUAUAUGCGUUUUGAAAAAUGGAAAUGUUAUUACUGGAGGUGGAAAGGAUGGCAGAAUAUUGCACUUUGAUGGAUCAUUAAAUCCGACAGGAGAAGAAUCACAAAUUGAAGAUCAUUUUGGAGGAAUUCGUACAUUAUCAGAAGGUAGAGGUUCACAAUUAUUGAUUGGUACUACUAAAAAUUGUAUUCUCAUUGGAGAUAUAGAAAUGGGAUUCAAUCCGGCGAUGUUAGGACAUACGGAAGAAGUUUGGGGAUUGGCAGCUCAUCCUAUAUUACCUCAAUUCGCAACAGCAGGUCACGAUAGAUUGUUACAAAUGUGGGAUAGUCUUAGUCAUACUGUGGUAUGGAGUAAAGAUAUUGGGGAACAAGCACAAAGCAUCGGUUUCUCUCCUGAGGGUACCGUUAUGGUAGUUGGUUGCGUAUCUGGAAAAUGGUUGGCCAUUGAUAGCGAAACGCGUGAACUUUAUACUCAUCAUACAGACGGAUCAGAACCAAUUCAAGUGGUUACAUUUUCCCCAAAUGGAAAUCUCUUAGCACUUGGUUCAAGAGAUAAUUAUAUUUAUAUAUAUCAAGUUAAUGAAGAUGCUACUAAAUACAGUAGAGUCGGUAGAUGUAUGCCCAAGCGGAUACGAAGGCACGGAGGACAUUCUAGUUUCAUAACUCAUUUGGAUUGGUCGAUGGAUGGACAAUAUUUGCGUAGCAAUAGCGGAGAUUAUGAACUUCUAUUUUGGAAUCCUGGUAUUUGUCGUCAAAUAUCUCAACCCUCCUCACUUAAAGAUGUCAAUUGGGCAACUCAUACCUGCAUAAUAUCUUUUGAAACAAUUGGUAUUUGGCCAGAAGGUGCAGAUGGUACAGAUAUUAAUAAUUGCAGUCGCAGUGGAGAUGGGAAACUUCUUGCUACGGGAGAUGAUUUUGGGAAAGUUAAAUUAUUCUCACAUCCUGCGUGCCAACCAAAAUCAUUACAUCAUAGCUACGGUGGUCACUCAAGUCAUGUAACAAAUGUAUCGUUCCUUCAAGAUGACACAAGACUGGUGUCUACAGGUGGAGGUGACACCAGUGUUCUUCAAUGGAUAGUAAAUUAACUUACGCUUUAGUACUAAACGAAAGAUAACAUUUGUUCUAAUUAAUAGAACAUAUAUUAUUUUUACAUAUAUAUUUUCAAAGUGCACUUUGUCGAGACACGUAGCGAGCUUAAUUGUAAAAUAACAUGACCGAGAGAGUAAUGAAAAUGUCAUUAUUAUUGCUAAAGCGAUUUGUGAUUAACAAAAUGGUAUGGUAUACACAUACAUUUAACACGAAGAAGAAAGAGAUAAUUAUAUUGUUAAUGAAUUAAUAAUGUGAUAAUUUAAUGAUUACUCUCUUUUAUGUAGCACAUUAAAUAUUAAUGUUUCAAUGUUUGUCAAGAAUCAAAAAUUAACUUCAUGGACAUUCCGUGUAUGGUUGAAUAUUCAUAAUUGUUGUUUGAAGAAUGUUAACCGAUCUGUAAAUGUACUUUAUAUUUCUAAUCAUUAUAUUAUACACCAAGUUAUAUUGUUCCUAAUGAUAUAAGAGACGAUUGAUAAUCCAAAGACAAAGAAGAAAGAGAAUAUGGAAUGUCCUAUUAUAAAAAAAAAAAAAAAGGAACUCGUAGAAAGCUCGUAACGUUAAAUAUAACGCGCAUACUGUAUUAUGCCGUCCAUUAGAAAGUAUAUUGUAUUUAUACAAUUAGUAAUUUCAAUUUGCAUUGUAUUUUCAAACGCAGAACUUUUCGAUCUAAUCUGUGCAAGUCAAAUUCACCAAUUGAUUAUUAUUAUUAUUAUUAUUAUUAUUAUUAUUAUUAUUAUUAAUAUUAUUAUUUAAAUGUUUCAUUUCAAUUUACAUUAGACAUGACUUGUACUGUAUUUAUUCAUGAUUAUUCUCAAAAUAUUUAUAUAAGAAUUUAAUUACAAGGAAAUAUCUGCCAUUAAUAUACUUUUUGAUGAUACUAUCAUGUACAAGUAAAAUACAACAGAAAAACAAAAAUGAACAAAAAAAAAGAGAAAAGAAGAAUAUGUCUCUAGACGUAUAUUCUUAUUACAAAGUGUACAUACAGUAAGAUUUUUUAAAGGAGUUUAAACUUUUAAACAUUUGUUUUCGACAAUUAGUAUGAUUUUUCGGUUUGAACUCUUUUACCAAAGUCUAAGAAUGAAAGAUUCAAUGUCUAAGAAAAUAUGGAGAAUCAAUCUAUUUUCACUCAUUAUCACACCUUGUAAGAUAUAUCUCUAUUUUAUUUAUAUUACAUCACAAAAAUGCAAACACGUAUAUGUAACAUUAACGUAUUAUAAUAAAUGCUCCCUAAGGCAAUAUUUUCUUUA